GGCGAGGCAAGGCAGCUGUGUUGUGACGUCUUCCUUGUGCGACGUUGCGUAGGCGCUCUGGAGCAAAAACAAAACGCAAAGAAUUUCCUUGGGGUGUGAGAUGUCGUCUGAAGCAGAUCGUCCUCCAUCAUCGGCAUCAUCAUGUGGACGAAAGCCAGUUAGGAGAUCUCCUCGUCUGUCCCCUCAGGGAGGCAAGGUUCAAGGAGACGAACAGAGGAAGAAAGGCAGCAGCCUGCAGGAGGCGAAGAAGAAAGGGAGAAUGUCGAGGAGCCACAAGGAGCGAGACGAGGAGCUGCAGGUCCAACUGCAGAAGCUGGACCUGUCCAGAAGGUCGUCUGCCAGUGGGACAGGUUUGGUCUAUUCGGAGACCUUCACUCUUCAUCAGAACCUGUGGGACUCCAAUCAUGCAGAAAGUCCAGACAGAGUGACAUCCAUCAUGGAGGAGCUGGAAAGACAGGAGCUGUUGUCUCGCUGCGUUCGAGUACAGCCCAGAGCAGCCACUGAUGAAGAGCUGCUUCUCGUGCACACAAAACACUACAUCGAUCUGAUUAAGUCCACUCAGAAAAUGUCCGAGACAGAACUACGUCUUCUCUCUGACAAAUACGAUUCCAUUUAUAUCCAUCCUGCAACCUUCCAAGUGUCCAUAUUGGCGGUGGGUUCUGUGCUCCAGCUGGUAGACCAGGUGUUGACGUCUGAGCUGAGGAACGGCUUUGCUGUCAUCAGGCCUCCAGGACAUCACGCUCAGUCAAACGAGGCCAACGGUUUUUGUAUUUUCAACAACGUGGCCAUUGCAGCUCGUUACGCUCAGAACAAGCACCAAGUCAAAAGGGUGUUGAUCGUGGACUGGGAUGUUCAUCAUGGUCAAGGUGUCCAGUAUGUUUUCCAGGAAGACCCAAGUGUGUUAUACAUGAGUGUGCACAGGUUCGAGCACUGUGCGUUCUGGCCUCACCUGCCUGAGUCAGACAAUACUUUUGUGGGCUGCGCCCCCGCCGAAGGGCAGAACAUCAACUUGGCCUGGACCACGGCAGGAAAAAGCGACGCGGACUACAUGUGUGCUUUCCAGCAAUUGCUGCUGCCUGUCGCCUAUGAGUUUCAGCCGGAGCUUGUUUUGGUCUCAGCUGGUUUUGACGCUGCACUGGGGGAUCCCAAGGGCCAGAUGUGCGUCAUUCCUGAGUGUUUCCAGACACUGACACACAUGCUGAUGUCUUUGGCAGAAGGUCGACUCAUUUUGGCUCUCGAGGGAGGUUAUAACCUGCAGUCAACAGCAGAGUGUUCUACUGCUUGUGUUCGAGCGCUCCUCGGGGAAGCCUGUGCCCCAAUGACUCCAUCCACUGCUCCUUCUGACUGUGCCUUGAAGUCCAUCUCUGAGACAGUCUCAGCUCUGUAUCCAUACUGGACCUCACUGCAAGUGCUGGAGGGUGAUGGGCUUGCUGAAGGACGUGUCCUCAGAGACACAACCAAUAAGGAGAGCCCCCAGAUUCCCGCUGUGACUACAACAGGCCUGGUGUACGACGAGAGAAUGAUGGAGCAUCUCAACCUGUGGGACAGGCAUCAUCCUGAACAGCCACAAAGAAUCUUCAAAAUCUUCUCCAGGCAUCAGGACCUCGGACUGGUGGAACGUUGCCACCGCAUCCCGGCUCGCUUCGCAACUGAGGAAGAGCUCGCCAUGUGUCACACCGUGGACCACAUCCAGCAGAUGAAGUCCACCAGUACGAUGAAGAGCAGAGAUCUGCACAAAUUGGGACAAGAGUUCAACUCCAUCUACAUCAACAAUCAGAGUUACCAGUCAGCCCUGCUGGCUGCUGGAAGCUGCUUCAAUGCUGUGGACCACAUCCUGACUGGACAGGUUCGAAGUGGCGUGGCCAUCGUGCGCCCCCCGGGUCAUCAUGCUGAGAGAGACUCUGCGUGCGGUUUUUGUUUCUUCAACACGGCGGCACUCGCCGCUCGCUAUGCUCAGAAGACCUCCCAGCAUGCACCUGUACGAGUCUUAAUCCUGGACUGGGAUGUUCACCACGGCAACGGCACACAGCACAUGUUUGAAGACGACAAUAGCGUCCUGUACAUCUCCCUCCAUCGCUAUGACAACGGGACCUUCUUCCCGUCCUCGGAGGACGCUUCCCCGGACCGGGUGGGCGUGGCUCAGGGGACGGGCUUCAACGUCAACGUGGCGUGGAGCGGCGGGCGGAUGGGAGACGCCGACUAUCUUGCCGCCUUUCACCACGUCGUCAUGCCGAUUGCCACUGAGUUUAAUCCAAGUCUGGUGUUGGUGUCAGCGGGAUUUGAUGCGGCGCGGGGAGAUCCUCUGGGCGGAUACCGCGUGACCCCAGAGGGCUAUGCCCACCUCACCCACAUGCUGAUGUCAUUGGCUUGUGGACGGGUCUUACUCGUACUGGAGGGUGGUUACAACUUGACGUCCAUCUCCGACUCCAUGGCGAUGUGCACAAGCGUGUUGCUUGGCGACCCCCCUCCUUUCCUGGCGAUGCCCCUCCUCCCACCUCACCACGCCGCAGUGGCAGCCAUCAAUGAGGUCAUCCGCUACCACGCCCCCUACUGGAAGUCGCUGAGGAUAAAAAUCCCAGAGGCCGUGCGAGCAGCCGUAAAUUCCCCAGGCGCUCAUCGGAGAGGCAGUGGCAAAGGGAAAGGCAGGAGGUCAAGACAGAGUGGUCCAGACAAACCGACACUGCCCACUAUGGGAAUGGAGCGCACAGCAGCGGACCACAGUUUGGAUCAGCUCACUCAGGGAUUGGCCAGUUUGGACAUCAGUCAAAGCACACACUGCCCCGAAGUGGAAGCGGCGUCAGGUGAAGUGACAUCAGAGAAGAGCCAAUCGAGGGCAAGGUCAAGUGAAGUUACACCUGAGCAGACCCAAUCACCAGAGAGCUCGCAGCCUCCAGUUGUCAUUGUCGCUGCACAAGCAGUCGUUGAUCUCGGAGAUGAGCCGGAGCCGGCAGGAGCGUGUGGUUGGUCCAAGCCUGAAGAAACACUGGAACUGACAUGUGGAGUUCAGAUGGCCCCCAUGUACGUGGUGGACCCUCUUUCCUGGUGUCCUCACCUGGAAGCCGUCAAGCCCCUGCCCCCAUCCGGUAUCGAUGUCUUCCUGCCCUGUCACGACUGUGGCUCGGAGGUGGAGAACUGGAUCUGCCUCACCUGCUACAAGGUGGGGUGUGGCCGCUAUGUCAACGAGCACAUGUUGACACAUGGCGCGACGUCCCAUCAUCCCAUGGUGCUGAGCUUCUGCGAUCUCUCUGUGUGGUGCUACGCGUGUGAGGCCUACGUACACAACCAGGCCGUGUUUGAGGCAAAGAACGCAGCCCACAGCGCCAAGUUUGGAGAGGAAAUCCCACCCUGGAGUUAGGAGGAGGACAAGGAUGACAAGAUGAUCAUGAAGAGUGCUCAGACUUUUUAUACAUUUUCAUCAUUACUACAGUGACCCCUCGUUGAUUGCGGUGGAUACGUUCCAGACCCACCCGCGAUAGGUGGAAAAAAAGCAAUAUAGAGCGACCCUAUAAUUCUUUUGUGGUUUUACUCCUCCCAAAUACUUUAAACACCCUUAAAAUUGUUUAAACAUACUUUUAAAUACUUAAAAAGUGUGUACCUGUUCUCACUCUCGCUGUAAAGAAAUGCAAGAUAACAUCAUUUUGAGGAAACGAAGAGAAGACUUGCUCUCCAAGAGGCUGUUAAUUUGUCACUCCCAGUUAAAGUUGACUGUAAAAAGAGAAUUACACAUUGUAUGUUUAAACAGCAAAAUGUUCAACCAAAACCAUAUAAUUUCUUCUAAUGAACAGUCACUAUCUUAAUGCUAAUAUAUAAUCCAAAAUGCCAUAGAUGGGUUAAUGUAAAUUAAAAUAGAUGAUGUGGUGAUUCUAAACCUUCAAACAAUUGCUGCUUAAAAACACACGGAGCAGCAACACAUAAGCAGAGCAUACAGCAUGAAUCAUUGGCAUGUAUUCUCUUUGCUCUGAGGGAACGACUGUUACUGGAGCUUAGUAGGGGACGUUCUCUGCCUCUUGCUCUAAAUUAUACUGCAGCUCUUCCAGUAGUCUUCGGUGACUUGCCUGUGUACCAUUUAAAAAAAUAAUCCACGAUAUGAUGGGGGGCGCAAAAGAUGAACCGCUACACAGCGGGGGCUCACUCUAUAUAUGCCUUUUACCCAGUGGGAACUGUCGACUUUAAUAAGAUGUUGAGGUUGCCAUGGCAAUAUGCGGAGGCCUGUUUGUUGUGCAAUAAUGUUUCUGUACAAACAUUUUUAAAAAGUCCUGUUUUUAAAGUCAAAUGUCCUUUUUCCAGACAAUGUGUGUUUGGCAAUCAAAGAAAGUGGUCAUGAUUCCGCGUAGAGCAUCCAGGUUAUCCUCAUUAGGGUCACAAAUUAACUAGUCGCCAGUAGAAGAGAACAGGAAGACAAUGUAUUUAUUUAUUAUGUAUUCCUUUAUUUCAUUAAAUAAUUGGAGAAUUUA